AUGCCGGUGAUGAGUCCGUCCUUGUGUAUUGGUGCAAAACAGCUUGUGUACCUUCCUCCUCCUAAUCGGAAUUAUUUUCAGCGAAAGCGUACAAGAGUAUCUAUGCAACUUCAACCAUGGAGCCAAAGAAAUUUUCCUUCUAUUAAGGCAGUUCUCUCAUGUAACGCUGCGCUGAAUUCAAAAUGCAGUCAAGGGCAAACACAGACUCUUACCCGGGAAGCACCAACAAUCACACAAGCUCCUAAUACCAAUUACGACGGUAUGAUCUGUCACGAAUCUAGCCAAUGUCGAACUGAAAGGAUAAAUCGAGCAAGAUUGAUGAUGGUGGAAGCGGAAUAA